AUUUUUUUUCUUCUCUCCCUCUCCCAACCGCCCCCCCCCCCCCCUGCGCUGAGAGAAAAGAACCCAGGAGUGUAACAUGGGAGAGAAAUAACCGCCCGGCAGGACACAUGUUUGGACGACUGGCCUCCGCCUGGCCCGUGUAGGUUGGUACCGUUGCUUGACAUCAAGCUGGUGCUCUGAUUUGAGCUAACUGAAUCACAAGCCUCAUGGGGAUCGGCUGGUGCUGCUGGACGUCUGCUUCCUGUUUCCAGCCUUGAGGGAUUCUCGAGGGACCAUCCAUCCAGAGUGUUGGAUCUGCCUGAACACACACACGCGCACACACACAACACACACACACACACACACACACAUUCUGCUCGCCAACUGUACAGCGCCGACACCCAUCUGACCAACCUGUCAGUGAUGACAUCACACAGCCACCAAGGAUUUUCUGGGGCACUUCUGAGGAUUGUGGCCACUUGCCAAGGACCCCUUAUCAGAUCCCGGUGACAAUCUUGGUUUCCUGCCGUCCAGAUAGAGAGGCAGAUUGCAGCAAAAACACGUUUCUGUGGGUUUGCAUUGCAUUCAGGAGGAACAAGAAAGGGCCGUGACAGGAAGCAGAAAAAAGGCAAUGUUAAAUGAAUAGAUGGGUGAACAUUCUUUUAAAGGGAAACAGGAGGAAAUAAGCGUUGAAACUUAAAGAAUGCAGAUGGUUCCAUUCGGAGCAGAGGCCGCUAAUCACUCAAUUUCAACCCAACUUAAAAACCUGGGGGAGAUUUCAGAGCAAGUCGUCAGGCAGAGCUCUCCACCGUCAUCAUUGAAACACCAAAACCUCAGUCCAUGAAUCAUGUAAAAAAAAAAAAAAAGAAUAAAUAAAAGAAAAUGAACACAUUCGAGCGGCCAUCUUGCUCAGGUGUAACAGUGUCUUAUGAAAGAGGGAAGGUGACGCCACUGGCUGGCAACCAUUUGUUGUUUUUGUCAGAAGUGCAUCGGCUUUCCAGGAAAGUCUGCGGCGAUUAGCACUGGAGCAAGAAACAGGUUUGCACUUGAGUCACACUCACAAACACAAAAACACACCCACUGGCCUGUGUGUGUGUGUGUGUGUGUGUUUGUGUGUAAGUGCCAGAUACAGGAAGUGAAUUAUUCGUGAAUGAGAAGUUUGAAAUUUAAAUUAGCAAAUUCCACCUACACUAUCGAGAGCGCGUCAGCUGCAGGAUACAAACUGUGUUUCCGAGCGGAUUGUGUUGCUGCAUUUUGCAGAGUGUGUGUGUGGGCGUGGGGCCUUUUUAUGGCUCUGAACCGGUGAACUUGACACAGUGCUCCUUUCCUCGAAGGCUCAGCGGUAUCCAGGUUACAAGUGCAACAGUUUGUGUAUCGCUGCCGAACAAAACAAGAACCAGUGAGGGAAAUAGAAGAAAAGCUAAAUAAACACUAAUGAGCAGGGUCAGGACUCAGGAGUUUGCAUCCUUUUCGUUGGAAUCCAAGAUUGGAUCAGUCACUUCAGGCCUCAGGACACAUUUGUUUGCUGUUUGUCUUGUACAAACUUGUCCUAUUAGAUAUAUGGAUAUAGGUUAAAAGUACAGUUUUCUUAUGUAAACCUGACAGUUUCCAUGAUUAUCUUGUUCCUUCCUUCCUUGAUUUUUGUAUUUGAAAUACGCUGCGGUAAUUCACUAUAACUUAUUGUCUUUGUGUGUAUGUCUGUGUGUAAGUGUGACGGCACUUUUUCUCUCAGGUCAGUUGGGGGUUUAGGCAGAGAUUGCGAGGGACUGCUGUAGACGUCAACAGUACUUCAGACGAGACGGGAUUCUGGGAAAGGAGCAGCCGCUGGAGGUUUUGAAGACAUCGGCGCUCAACCACAUCCCAACAGUGGACAUCAACUCGGCGCUGCCCCUGCGUCUUCCACCAGCCGCCAUCCCCAUGGACCUGCGCGUGGACCAUCAGCAUCAGCAGCAUCAGCAGCAGCAGAAGGUGUCCUCGCUCUCCCCGUCUGGCCAGCAGUCGCCCGGCUCCCUCUGUGGCACGGGCCAGGCCGGCGGCGUGGCGGGCGCCUCGGUUCGCGAGCAGCAGCUGCAGCAGGAGCUGCUGACCCUGAAGCAGAAGCAGCAGAUCCAGCGGCAGAUCCUCAUCGCCGAGUUCCAGCGGCAGCACGAGCAGCUGUCCCGCCAGCAUGAGGUCCAGCUCCAGGAACACAUUAAGCAGCAGCAGGAACUCCUGGCACUGAAGCACCAGCAGGAACUGCUGGAGCACCAGAGGAAAAUGGAGAACCACCGUCUGGAGCAGGAGCUGGAGAAGCAGCAGAGGGAGCAGAAACUGCUGCAGCUCAAGAACAAGGAGAGGGGGCAAGAGAGUGCUGUAGCCAGUACUGAGGUGAAGAUGCGUCUCCAGGAGUUUGUCCUGAACAAGAAGAAGGCCCUGGCCCAGCGGAGCCUCAACCAAGGAGGGCUCCCCAACGAUGCUCCCUACUGGUACCGCAAAACCCAGCACAGCUCUCUGGACCAGAGCUCACCUCCACAGACCGGUAUGUCCACCUACAACCACCCCGUUCUGGGCAUCUACAACCCCCGGGAUGACUUCCCUCUGCGGAAAACUGCCUCGGAGCCCAACCUGAAGCUGCGCUCGCGGCUGAAGCAGAAGGUGAGCGAGCGGAGGAGCAGUCCGCUGCUGCGUCGCCGCGACAGCCCCAUCACCACGGCCAAGAAGCGUUCACUCGACAUGGCAGACUCUGCAUGUAACAGCGCCCCGGGCUCAGGACCGAGCUCCCCAAAUAACAGUUCCAACAACAUCCCCAAUGAGAACGGCAUCACUGUGUCAGUGUCCAACAACACAGAGGCGUGUCUGGCCCAGAGGCUGAGCAGUGGCGCUGAGCAGGGCUCCUUUAACCAGCUGUCCCUCUACACUUCGCCAUCCUUACCCAACAUCACCCUGGGGCUGCCCGCAACUGCCACGGCUGCCUCAAACGUGACCUCGGCCCAGCAGGAUGGAAGUCUGCAGCCAGCCCUCUCCCUCAGCCCCCCCUUCCUCUCCGGUGGCCACUUGACCCCCUACCUGGCCGAGGCAGGAGCAGGAACGGGCGGACACGGUGCUCACAGUCCACUGCUCCAACACAUGGUGCUCAUGGAGCAGAGCCCGGCACAGAGCCCCCUGGUGACAGGUGUAAGCGGCCUGUCCAUGUCGUCAGCAGCAUCCAUGGCCAAGCUGCAGCGGCAGCACCGGCCCCUGGGGAGGACCCAGUCGGCCCCGCUCCCCCAGGGGAGCGCUGCCCAGGCCCAUGCCCAGGCCCUGGCCCUGCAGCAGCUGGUGGUGCAGCAGCAGCACCAGCAGUUCCUGGAGAAGCACAAGCAGCAGUUCCAGCAGCAGCAGCUCCACCUCAACAAGAUGAUGGCCAAGCCCAGCGAGUCACCUGUGGGACGUCAGCACCAGAGCCACCCCGAGGAGACGGAGGAGGAGCUGAGAGAGCACCAGGAUGGCGGAGCUCUGCCGUCGGGUGUCACCAUCAAGCAGGAGCCCCUCGACCCGCAGGAGCUGCAGGAGGAGGCCAUGCAGCAGCACAGGGAGCGGCAGGCGGAGCAGGAGCUGCUAUUCAGACAGCAGGCUUUGUUGUUGGAGCAGCAGCGGAUUCACCAGCUGAGGAACUAUCAGGCGUCCAUGGAGGCUGCCGGCUUGUCAAUCUCCUUCCCAGGACACCGCCCCUUGUCCAGGGCCCAGUCGUCUCCAGCCUCCGCUUCCUCUUUUCCAAUCAGUGUCCCGGCCCCGGAUCCUCCCGUCAAACCUCGAUUCACCACAGGGUUGGUGUACGACUCUUUAAUGCAGAAACACCAGUGCAUGUGUGGUAACACCAACAGCCACCCGGAGCACGCGGGGCGGAUUCAGAGCAUUUGGUCCCGGCUUCAGGAGACUGGACUCAGAGCGCAGUGCGAGUGUAUCCGUGGGAGGAAGGCCACCCUGGAAGAGCUGCAGACGGUUCACUCUGAAGCCCACGUCCUGCUGUACGGAACCAAUCCUCUCCGACAGAAACUUGAUUGUUCAAUCACUCCCAUGUUCGUGCGGCUCCCAUGUGGUGGGGUGGGGGUGGACAGUGACACCAUUUGGAACGAGGUCCACUCGUCCAGCGCGGCUCGUCUCGCCGUCGGCUCGGUGGUGGAGCUCGUCUUCAAAGUGGCGACCGGAGAGCUGAAGAAUGGUUUCGCCGUCGUCCGCCCCCCUGGACACCACGCGGAGGAGAGUACGCCCAUGGGCUUCUGCUACUUCAACUCUGUGGCCAUCGCAGCCAAACUGCUGCAGCAGAGACUCAGCGUCAACAAGAUCCUCAUCGUGGACUGGGACGUUCACCAUGGCAACGGCACACAGCAAGCGUUCUACAAUGACCCUAAUGUCCUUUACCUGUCUAUUCAUCGCUAUGACGAUGGUAACUUCUUCCCUGGAAGUGGGGCGCCUGACGAGGUGGGCAGCGGUUCGGGAGUCGGCUUUAAUGUCAACGUGGCCUUUACUGGAGGCCUCGACCCGCCCAUGGGAGAUGUAGAAUACCUGGCUGCCUUCAGAUCGGUGGUGAUGCCCAUCGCCAACGAGUUUGCUCCAGACAUUGUGCUGGUCUCAUCGGGCUUUGACGCCGUGGAGGGACACCCUCCACCACUUGGUGGCUACACUCUGACAUCCAAAUGUUUUGGCUAUCUGACCAGGCAGCUGAUGACCCUCGCUGGAGGCCGGGUGGUCCUGGCCCUGGAGGGGGGUCACGACCUCACCACCAUCUGCGAUGCCUCCGAGGCCUGCGUGGCCGCCCUGCUCGGCCAAGAGCUGGACCCACUGCCAAAGGCCGUCCUUGAGCAGAGGCCCAACCCCAACGCUGUCCGCUCCCUGGAGAAAGUUUUAGAGACUCACAGUAAGUACUGGUGCUCGGCGCAUCGCUACUCGCCGUGCCUGGGGCUCUCCCUGCUGGAGGCCAAGCGAGGAGACUCGGAGGAGGCCGAGGCCGUCAGCGCCAUGGCCUCUCUGUCCGUGGCCAACAGCAACGUCAUGGAUCAGAGGCCAGAGGAGGAGCCGAUGGAGGAGGAGGAACCACUGUAACCGCGGGAAACACGAGGGUGUCACACUGUUACCAUUGACCUCUCCGGAGAAAGCCUCUUUGAGCUGCGAAGAGUCUCGACUGAACCCUUCAUUUAGUCCCCCUAACCCCACUCAACACGUCAGUCACCUUGAUCGGCGGCUCCUCGGACAAAAAGGGAGGGAGAGGGGGUCGGCUCAGCCUCAGAGGAGGGAGCCAUCAGGAGACGGAGGACUGAAUUGGGGGGGGAAAAAUUAAACACGACAGCGUUGCUUUCGCAGCACUCGCUGAGAGACAAUUUUUCUGUCAGUCUUCGCACCCCGACGUGAGCCCACAGCGGCAAAACCAUGUGACCAAGCGGCAGCGGGCGAGUGUAUUUGGAGCAGGGUCGAGAUCAGGGUCUCGUCAGAGAAAGGUGUGAUGACACUCCUGUGCAGGAACAUACAGUGCUUUACGCGGCUGCCCUCCAACCACGCACACGCGUGGACACCAGGGACAGCAGACGUCGGCGGCUGUCAAACGCAGCCGGGGAUUUUCUUUUUCUCUUUACUCAACUAUUUCCCCCCCUACAAAAUAAGGGCAUUGCGGCAACUGAGAUAAUAUUUUACAAGAUACGUUCACUGUGGACUUUGGGUUGGCCGAGGUUUGAGUCGGCUUUUAACAAAGAUUUGAUGGUGAGACUGUCACCUUGCUGGACCAGCCUGUGGUUGAGGGUUGACUGAGAGGAGUGCCUUGGGGAGGGUCCGCUGGAUUUCAGGAUUGUUCAGGAAAAGAUUGCCUUAAAGUUAACAGAUUUUUCUUGCCGAGGAGUCGGUGCGAGGGAGGGACAGGAAGGAGGGAGGGAGGGAGGGAGAUGGAGAGUUUUCAAGUCCCCUCCGGGGUGAGAAGAAUAAAGCAAACAAUCUUGCAGCAUGUUUACUUGGAUUGUGAUGAGGACAACGUUUAUGUCUCUCACAGCCUCUCUUGGAAUAGUUACUUUACUUUUGGAUGGAUCUAUUUUUCAGUAAAAAAAAAAAAAAAUAGGAAAAGAAAAAGAAAGCGCUUCGUAAAGGUAGUUGCCAGCUUCAGUAGAGAAAGGUGGAAACCGUGGAUCGACAAACUGUCAAAAAAGCCUAUUAUGUAGCUUCCCUUUAAACGAAGUCAUUGCUUUGUAAAAACACAUGGGGUGCAUGCAUUUGAGCAGAGAGACCAGGCAUUUUUCACAGAAGAUUUUUUGAAUGUUACCCAAAAGAGAAAGCCAAGCAAAGAAAAGCCAAAGCAUGAAUUUGCAUAUACAGUAGUACUUUCAUUCCACUUAGCUGGCAAGUCCACAAACAUUUCUUGUACUGGUCCUUUCAGAUGAGGCUCCCAGUGCCCAGUUCAAUGUUUACUAAUGUAAUCCUUCACAGAUCAAGUGAGCAUUUAAAUUGUGUGAGCUAAAAACUAUGUCAUGUAUAUUGAAUUUCAAUAUAUUUUGAGGGGCAGUAAUUGGAUUAUUGCCCGUUUGUAUCUACAUGUAUGGUUCCACAUCGAGUUGUUGAAUUUUUACAAUAUCCAAAAAAUGUGUUUGGUAAGCGUGUCCACUUUUUAUUUUUUAUCGUCUCAGAUUAUUUUUCUAACUUUUUUCAUCCAUAGAUUUUGUUCUGUGUUUUUUAUCCAUUUUCUGGAUAGUUUAUAGGGCUGCCGUUCACAUGCGUAGUGCUGUCGUCUCUUUCUUUUUUGUAUUUAUCAAAAAGUAAGGAGCAACACUUUCUUUCUUUCUUUCGAUGGCUCUCUUAAUAAGCCUUUCUCCAUUUCCAUCAACUGUGUAUUUCUAACACAUACUGUUUAUAGGAGAUUUGUAUAUGGACAAAAUUUAUAAAUGUACUCUAACUAACUAAUGACAGCUAUGAUAUUGUGAGCAAAAACAGUAUGGUGUAUAAUAUUUACUCCAUGAACUUUUAAAAAGAAAAAAAAGCAGCAUAUUUAACUCGUCAUCAACUGCACUGUUUCUCCGAGCUGCCCUGAACUGAAAUGUGCUCGUCACACGGCACUGCAAUUGACUUUUUAAGCCUUCAGAGUAAAUCAUUUGAUCACUUUGUUGCCUAAUGGAUACAUUUUUCCUCUUGUGCAUGGGUGAUAUGCACUUAACCUUUCAACUGUGACUACAUCACACACACACACACCCCUCAAAAAAAAGGAAGAGGUUAAGAGGCCGUUUUAUGUAGCUAGCUAUGUUUUCCUCAGUGGGAAAAGAGAAGAAGGGGACACAGAUGUCAAGAAGGUGGAAUCUUUUUUAAAACCAGCGUUGGACGGAAAACAUCAGACGAUCAUUUUAAAGAUCUCACCCAUGUGAUCAUGUUUGACUGUACGUAACAUCCGUGUCUUCCGUGCCCUUCUUCCCACCCGAGUUCAAGCGGUCCGACACGACGAAUCGAUCCAGUUAAAUUUGAACGAGCCCCCCGCCCCAUCUGUCAGCCGCUUUGUUCCACCCGAUUAACGACGACUAUCAUGUUGAUUUGACAUAAUUUUAUAAACUUGCACAAUUUGAGAUUAGUUUGAGUUGACACUUUUCCUCAUGUCUAUCAAACAUUCCACUUGUUAUUUGUUCCAAUUUGGCUUAACAUUUUUUUAACGUUAUUUAAAGAUGAAUUUUGUUUUGGUUUUUUUGGGGGGGUUUUUUGUAGAAACUUUAAUACUAUUUGUUUUUUGAUGUCUGCUCGCGGCAACUUUAAACUCUUUGCAUGGUUUGUGAGUCAGCAUGCCUGCUUGUCUAUGUAAUAAAAAAUGUAUUUGCACAAUAGAAGAAGAACACUGGAGGACGACAGAAACCUCCCCGAGCAACUCCCCGAGAGAGAGAGAGCACCAAGCGGGACGGUUUUACUCCUCUCGGAUGUUCAAAAGACUUUUGUCCCAAAUGACUUCACUGAGAAACAUUUGAUAUUGUUCUUAUUGAAUAUCGUUUCCAAUUAAGUGAUUUUAACAAGAUUCAGCACUUAAAAACAUGUAUGGACUGUGUUUCAGAGAAACGAGCUCUGCCAAACCUCGGCAACAUUCAGAAAAAAGAAGACUCUCCCAAAGAAUGUUCCUCUUUCAAAGAUUUUUGAAUGGGCACUGUUGCGGUAAAGGAAUGACGGAUAUGGGUUGAUAAAAAGGUUUGGAGAAAAAGGGCAUCGUCAUUUGAUUGUCACAUCCCACCUCAGCCAGUUCUAUAUAUAUAUAUAUAUAACCACUGUGGCUCAAGAGCAAUUCUUGGUUUACAUGUAAAUGGAUACAAAAGUUAUUUUUUGUUUGUUUGUCUCUAUUGAUGAAAAAUGUUAUCUUUCUUUGGGACCUACACUUUGGACAUUUUAUCUCUGACUAUAAAAUAUAUUUCUGAAAAAUA